AUUUGGACGGACGUCCCACCCUCUGGCCGUUUCCCGGCUGAAGUGGGUCGGUAGUAGCGAUGGCGGGUCUGACUGACGUGCAGCGGCUGCAGGCCCGAGUGGAAGAGCUGGAGCGCUGGGUGUACGGGCCGGGCGGGGCGCGCGGCUCGCGGAAGGUGGCUGACGGCCUGGUCAAGGUGCAGGUGGCUUUGGGGAACAUUGCCAGCAAGAGGGAGAGGGUGAAGAUUCUCUACAAAAAGAUUGAAGAUCUGAUCAAGUACCUGGAUCCUGAGUACAUCGACCGCAUUGCCGUACCCGAUGCUUCUAAGCUGCAGUUCAUCUUAGCAGAGGAGCAGUUUAUCCUCUCCCAGGUUGCACUUCUGGAGCAGGUGAAUGCCUUGGUGCCCAUGCUGGACAGUGCUCACAUCAAAGCCGUUCCUGAGCAUGCCGCCCGCCUGCAGCACUUGGCCCAGAUCCACAUUCAGCAGCAGGACCAGUGUGUGGAGAUCACUGAGGAGUCCAAGGCUCUCCUGGAGGAAUACAACAAGACUACCAUGCUUCUAUCCAAGCAAUUUGUGCAGUGGGAUGAGCUACUUUGCCAGCUAGAGGCCGCCAAGCAAGUGAAGCCAGCAGAGGAAUGACAGCUGCUCCGCAUCCCAAGGUGGGCCUGGGCAAUCAGGCUCCAGGGCCCUAUGUCAACCUGUCUUUGUUACAAGGCAGAGGAAGCUUUGUAUUUAUUGGAUUCAAGGCCCACCUCUCUACUCAGGUGGAGCUCUAAAGUUGGAGGUCAGGUUACCUGAGGUUUGCAAUUUGCAACACCCACCCUCCCCCCAUCAGUGUUCUUAUUCCAGUGACAAUAAACCAUAGAGAUGACUGGA